GGGUCACUUGAAAUCUUUACACCGGCCAGCAUCUGUUCUUCCCAAUGGCGUCGUCGCUGUGUCUUUAUUUCUCGUCCCGACUUUUCAGUCGGAAAUAUUUAAAUAUAAACACUUUUACAACUCUGCGUAACCUGAAAAAUGAAAGACUCACCAGUUGUGACCUUAUAUCCAGAUCUACAGCUAGAUUUUCUUCAAGCGUAGCCCAGAACUAUGAUGUAGAGUACCCAGGGCACAUUAAACUUACCAACAUUCAGAGGACCCUCCUCACAAUUGGUUCAGCUGCUAUGUGUCUGUAUAACCCCAGGCGAGAUGAUAUGAUCAGCACAUUUGGUGAAACCACAGGCCACUAUGCUUUGAAGAUGAUAAAAUCAAAAAUGUUACAAGACCCAGAAGGUUGCUUAGUUCUGAAAGAAAAACCAAUUAUAAACACUGAAAACAUAGAUUAUGAAUAUCUCAAUAAUUUACCUGAUGGAACUCUGGGUAAAGAAUAUUGGCGCUUCCUUAAUUACAAUGGUUUCGAUCCCGAUGGCCGACGGCCUGUUCAUUUCGUCGAUGAUCCAGAUCUUGUCUACAUCAUGCUGCGUUACAGGCAGACCCAUGACUUGAUCCAUGCAUUGCUGGGUAUGCCUCCCCACAUGUUAGGGGAAGUAGUUGUCAAGUGGAUAGAGGCCCUACAGACUGGUUUACCUAUGUGUAUAACUGCGGCAGUUUUUGGUCCCCUACGACUUGGCCCAAAACAUUCUCAGUUAUACUGGAGUGAAUUUAUGCCAUGGGCCAUUCGUUGUGGACGGAAAUCAAAAUUUCUUCUGUCUGUGUAUUUUGAGAAAUAUUGGGAAGAGAAUGUUGUUGAUUUACGUCAGAAACUGAAUAUUGAACCUCCACCCAAAAAACUCUCCAUGAAAGACAAACGCAGUUUGUCAGAAGACGAUUCUAUUUCUGAAUAACAAGAUGACAUAUAAUAAAGGUAGUCACAGCCCUACAUAUAUGAUGUGGUUCUGUUUGCUAAAGGGUGUAAGUAUUAAA